AUGCAGGUAGCUGUGGAUCCAGAAGUGCUAUAUCAAGUCUUCCGGCAUUCCUACAGCCCCAAUGCCCAGGAGAGACGGCAGGCCGAGGCCUUUUUGGAAGAAGCAGCGUUUCAGCCUGGGUUGCUACCUGCCCUUCUACACGUGACCAACGCGGCUCAAGAAGUUCCCAUUCGCCAGGCAGCUGCCAUUCAGCUGAAGAACCAGUUGCGGCGAUGGUGCAGAAUAGGCCUGGAGGGUGAGCCCGGCUACACCGAGAGGGACAAAGCGCCGGUCCGACAGCAGUUGGUGGACAGUGCCAUCGCCGCUGUAGGAGAGAAAGGUGUUCGGGUACAACUGGCCGAGUGCUUUCGGUUGGUUGCCCUACAUGACUUCCCAAGUGAGUGGCCAGGGGUAGUGGAGAGGCUUGUCGUUGGUCUUCGGUCAGAACAGAAUGCCGAGACAUUGGGCAGCUUGCUGCUCUUGCGUCAGCUCUUCAAGGUCUUGGAACUGCGAGUGUUGGCGAGACGACAAGACUUGGAGCAGGUCUCGACUCAGAGCUUGCCAGCGUUGCUCCAGCUGAGUCCCGUUCUCGCCCAAGCAGCCGCAGCGAAAUCCGCGGAGGCCUUUGAAAUGUUAAAGUUAGUUUUGAAGUGUUUGUACUCUGGUACCGUGACGGCAGUGCCCGGGCAGGUACAAAAGGACAUCCGGCAUUGGAUGGAGCUGUUACUUACGGUGUCUGAAUGGAAGAUGGCGGUGCCGCCAGCUGGCUUUGAGCAAGAGGUGCAAGAAGCCACUUGCGAAGCAAAAUGUCGGAAAUGGGUUUUCCAGAUCCUGUUGCGAUUUUAUCAGAAGCACUGCCACACUCGCCGCUGUGCGGAAGGCAUGGAAGACUUUGUCAAGGCCUGGAAUGACCUGUACGAGGUGCCAGUGGCUCGUGCGUGCCUCCAAGAGGCUUGUGCUCGGCAGCAAGGCACCUGGGUACCAAAGAAGUCCUUGAGUUUGGCACUGUUGUGUCUUGCGGAGGCGUGCCGAAGAGAGGCAGCAUUUGAGGCCUUGAAACCGAAUCUACAGCAACUUUUGGAGCAUGGCAUUUUUCCACAGGUCCGUUUCGGCGAGGAGGAACUCCAACUCUGGCAAGACGAUCCAGAGGAACUGAUCCGAGAGCUCUUGAGUGAGAGCGACUCGUCGACCCAGCCCCAUCAGGCUGCCAUUGAGUUGGUCGAGCGACUGCUGCUGUAUCACCAUAAGGAGAUCCUUCUGCCUCUUCUUCAAUUCUGCCAUAGGCAUUUGGAGACAGAGGCCAAAGAUGCGGCCGCUUGCUCCAAUCAGGAUGGCGCAUUGGUCCUUCUUGGCCUCAUGGCAGAGUACUUGGCUGAGUUGGAUCCGUUACAGGCAGAGGUCAAGGCUAGAAAGCGGAGGGGAAAAAGCAAGGCGCAACACAGCGUCAGCAUCGAGGAGUUGAUCUCCCGCUAUGUCCGCCCUGCGAUGACCUCCCAGGCUGCCUUCUUGCGUCUGCGCGGCGCGUGGUGCCUGGGCCGCUUUGCCCAUCAUGCUCCCAAGCUGGGCCGCCCGGGCGUGGCAGGGGGUGCCACCUGCGACUGCGUGAGGAUGUUGGGCGACAAGGAGCUUCCAGUGCGAGUGGUAGCAGCGAGCUGCCUGGAGGAUUUGUUGUCCAGAGAGGACCAGGAGGUGCAUGCAGCAGUUGGGCUGCAGCUUGCGCCGGCCAUGGAGCAGCUUUUGGUCACCCUGGCGGAUGUACAAAGUGAGGAUGUGGCUUCUGCCUUGCAAAGACUGGUGGAGAACUUCCCACAGGAGGUUGUGCCUUUCGCGCUGCAACUGGCGGCAACCCUGGCAAGGCAAUUCGGCUCGGCAGAGACGUCGAACAAUUCCGAAAGGAUGUCUGCAGAAAGCACCCUGUCCACUAUCAUCAGUGUGCUCCAAGCUUGUGCCGGCCUGCAACGUGCCGAGGAUCCUCGUGAGCAGCAGCGGCGAUGCGCUCUGUUUGCCAGCUUGGCAGAACCCCUGCUGCCUGUGGUGCUUCACUCCUUGCAGGCUGAGGGUGUCGCCUUCCUGGAGGACGGUCUGCAAGUGUUGGCACACCUCACAGCCUUCUGUGCCUCCCCAAUCCCUGACAACCUAUGGGAGCCGUUGCCACGAAUCUUUCAAGCGGUUUGCGGCGGCUCGACUGAAUCACAUCCACUUCCUCUCAUCCUACAGAAUGGUUGGGCGCACGAUCACAUGUCCAGCAUGUUGGAGCCCCUACUGAACUAUGUGGGCCGUGGUCCAGUCGAUGUGAUCCUGCAAAGCUGUGACUGUGCACAGAUGAUUUUUGGCAUCGUGAGGAAGGUGGUGCAAAUCGGGGGGCUCGGAGCAGAACAGGAAGCAGCCGCAGCUGCGGACCUGGAGGCAGCGCUGUUUGCGUAUGCCACACCGCCAGCUGCUGAUGCGUGGCUUGGGCCGUACCUUUGUGAAUUCUGGACACGCUUGUCCGGAGAGACUGGCACUCACCAGUUGAGAAGGUCGCUACUGGUGGCCUUGGCCACACUGCUUUGGUACAAUCCGGAACUGUUCCUGCGUUGCGCCGACGAGAAAGGUUUCAGCACACAAAUUUUUGAGGUUUGGAUGCAGAAGAUCUCUGCGGUACAACGGCGUGACCACCGCAAGGUGACGAUGUUGGCCUUCCUACAGCUGUUUCGCUUGGGAUGCACACAGGCAUUGCCGCCGAACGUCGCUGCAGGAUUGCCACACCUCAUGCAGCAAGUGGCCCUGCAGAGCAAUCAGCUCAUCCGCUUGCGGAAGGGCUCGGCUCCCGAGCCCGUGGAUCACGGUGACAGUGGAAGCGAGGACGCUGUGCCCAAUGGUGGUGGACCGGAGCUGGAGCAGAUCCUGCACAAGCUCCAAACAGCGCCCGAGCCUGAUGAGGAUGAAGAUUCAGAGGCCAGUGAUGAGCUGGAGGAUUUGGAAGAGGGAAAGAUCGUGGACUUUGAGGCCCAACGGCCAAGUCGCCUGGUUGCUGUGGAGGAGUUGCUUCUGUUGCGUCAGAUGCUCCGGGAGGCACCUGCCCCGAUGCAGCAACAAGUCAAUACCUGGAUCGGUGGAAAGCUGCCGGCCUGGUUGUUCCAGCACCUUCGCAAUUCCAAAUGCACCGCCAGUGCAGCUGCAGAUGGUCUGGAAAUCAAACGACCCACGGAAAGGGUGGCCUUGGUGCUAGGAGUGGCCACCAGCAACUGGCAGCAGCCGUUGCUGCGGGCGUUGGACGUUGCGCGGGGUGCACCGCAAGCUGGUGUGCCCAGUUACGCAGAGUCCAGUCUGCCCGGUGCUUUUGCAUCAGAAAGAGAUGCCAAGGACCUGCCAAAAGCCUGUGAUGUCUUGAGUUUAACCACAGAGAUUGUGGCGCCCGAGGAUCGUGGCCUGUGGUGUGCCAAAGCCAAUGCCGCGCUCCCUGAGGAGAUUCGGAUCUUUGGCCGCUCUGGGCCACUGCCAAGCGACUUCCAUGCAGAGAGGUGCUGUAUGCGAAGAUACUUCACCUGCCUGUUGCCCACGGAGCUGCUGAUUGUCGACAACCUGGAGGAGACAACGCCAGCGCAGAAUGGCUACAUGGACACCACAUUGGAGGAUGCAUCAGCUGGGUUCAACUUAAAGAGAACCAUCUUCCCUCCGCCUGAAGCCAGAAGAAAACAUGCCAAAAAGCAGCACCAAGCUGGCUGGGGCGAAGGGGACGAUGGAGAAGAACGUUUGGGCCAGUUCUUCCGGCUGAAGGAGAUCCUUCGGGAAUUUCAAGGCGAACACCUCUUCCACAAUUUUUCGCAGCAAGCCUUGAAGCCAAGCGACACCUUGGCCCGGCGCUUCGUCUAUCGCUGCCGUGCCGUGCCGGGCGCUUUGACGAAAGCGGGCGCUUCGCACGUGGGGCUGACAGUGGCGGUGGAUAGCCUGGCUCCCGGGCAGCUGCGGGGCAUGGCCGGUUUGGCCAUUGCACUGCAACGACAGUUGCUACCGGACAGCUACUUGGAAGCGGCCUUUAGUGAAGAACAGCUACUCACGGUUCCCAUGGUACCUGAAGGCACUGAAUACCAAGCACAGUGCGUCUUCCGAAAAGAUUUUCAUCACCUGCUGCAGCCUUUCUUCGAGAGUGAUGAAGCCAAGAACUUUCAGAGAAAGGUGGAAGAGAAGAUCUCUCGCGAAGUCUUGGGCAAGGUGUUCGACAUGUGGUUUGAAGACCAGUUGAUGCCCUUGACCCGCACACUGACAGCAGAGUUCUACAAGGGACCAGCGGUGUCCCAGAUGGUUGCGGAGGUGCCUGCGAAGUAUGCUGAAGUGCUUCGGCUACUUCGCGAAGCAGAGCAGAGUGGCAAGUGGCCAGCUUGUUCCAAGGGCAGGGAAAAGGUGAUCAAACUCUCAUCAGAAGGCACUCAUGGGUCUUUCACAGUUGGAUCAAUGCCCGCUUCGAUGGAGGCUCCCAAUGGCACCAAGCUCUUCCCUGAAUUGGCAAUGCGGUGCUUCGAACUGGAGAGGGAAUUGAAGCCAGGAAGGUGCAGUAGCACCAUUGCCAUCAACAAACGCGCUCAAUUCCUGCCUCACAUCGACUCCGGAGCUGGAGCAGGUCAGGGGAUCUCUCUGAUUGUUGGUCUGGGCGACUACAGUGGCGGCGAGCUCUGUGUGGAGGACGAAGUGCAUGACAUCAGGUACAAGCCGUUGGAAUUCAACGGUUGGACCCAAAGGCACUGGACCAAGCCCUUUGACGGCGAUCGCUUUAGCUUGGUUUGGUUCACACCAGCGGGUUGCGAAAAUUCUCCUGGAUUGGAAAUGAUGCAAGGCCUGAUGAAGGCUCAAGGCAGCUCAGCUUCAUCCAGAAGUCUGAGCUUGCGGAAUGGACUGCAACUCCCGCGUCUGGGUAUGGGCACAUGGCAGCUCUCAGACAAGGAAGGUUCAUCCAGCUGUGAAGGCGCAGUUCAUGCUGCCUUGGAAGCAGGAUGUCGCCUCUUCGACACCGCCUCGAUCUACAAGAAUGAAGCCGCGGUGGGCCGAGCACUCCAGACUUGGACCGGCGAAGGUGUUUAUGUCACGUCCAAGUGCUCACCGUAUGAAAUGGGCUAUGAGAAAGCACAAGAGGCGUGCAGGAACUCUCUCCAGCGAUUGGGCCUUCGCCAGUUGGACUUGUACUUGAUCCACUGGCCCGCCUUGCCCAAGAAACCGCACGCUUCGCCGCUGCAUCGCCGCGCACGACAUGAGACCUGGAAGGCCUUGGAGGAACUCUACAGGCAACAGCUGGUGCGUGCCAUUGGGGUCAGCAACUUCACUGCCAGCCACCUUCAGCAGCUCAUAGAGGAUGGUAUUGACAUGUUGCCAAUGGUGAACCAGAUUGAAGUGCACCCACUUUAUCAGCCCAAAGAGACCAUCGACUUCUGCCGCAAGCACGGCAUUGUCGUUGAGGCUUAUUCUCCACUUGGUGGUGGCAGUGCCAGCAAUGCUGCCAGAGCUUCCGACGGAGAAGUGGAUGGUACCAGGUUGCUGCUGACACACCCCUCAGUGCAGAAAGUGUCAGAAGAGACAGGCAAGACAACAGCGCAGGUGCUACUUCGUUGGGCCCUUCAGCAGGACUUUAUGGUCAUCCCUCGCAGCAGCAAGCCAGCGCGGAUUCAAGAGAAUUUUGACAUUUUCGACUUUGAGUUAAGUGAAGAACAUAUGCGAAGCAUUUCAGAGCUGGGUGAAGGACAAAAGUUCUGCUGGGAUCCCAAAGGCGUGUCCUAA